AUGUCUGAGACACGCAAUGAAUGCAUCUAAAUCUUUUAUCAUGUAAGUGAAAGUGGACUUCAUAUUUCUAUAUAAAGGAGAAGUGUAACAACUAUGAGAUGUGGAAAAAGAAGUCCCAGAGUUCUUUACAUAGAGAACAAGUUUCCUACUCUAGGCUAAGCAAUGUUAGGCAAUGGUCAGAGUUACAGAUGGUACUCCAGGUACGAUGGUUUAGGGCCUCAGACUGAUUCACGGAGCAAGCCAAACAGCUAUGCCUCAGAUCAUGUCUGUAAGCCAGUCAUUAUUGAUGCUGAGGGGAGGAAGCAUCCUAUUGUUUUCAAUCCCAAUAGUAGUACAGGUUACAGUAUUGUGAAAACUGAAACAGUUGUGCAGCAGGUUCAUUCACCUUUCCUCAGUGACCACAAACAUAGCUCUCCGACAAAGUUUGAGUAUGAACCGGUGAAAGAGUACGGUUAUGAUGAGAAUAAAUAUCAGAAGCCUUCAACUGAUUACAGCUAUGGUGAGAAUAAGUGGCAUAAGCCUUCAACUGAUUAUGGAUAUGGUGUGGAUAUAUGGCAAAAGCCUUCAAGGCCUGUUCAUGAUCGCCCACAAAAGGUGGAGGAAUUCCUCACCAAGGUGCAAACUGAGGCUAGUCAGCCAAGGUCUGCCCCCCUGAGUGCUUCGCAUUGGCGCCAGACUCCUACCACAGGUCAUCAUGGGGAUACUGGCUAUGGUGAUAACUGGAAUGAGAAAUAUGAUAGCUAUCACAGGAAAAAUGGUGAUAUGACACAGCCAACUAUAAUCACUGAGGGUGGAUGGGCAAGGCCAAAUCGUACAGGAUGGGCAUCUCCACCAGAUUCUUCACUCUCCAAAUCGACAACUGACAUCAAUACAGCCAUGGAGUAUUUGAAAGAAGUUUCCAAACCUACUACAACCACCACUUCUCCAUAUUCCACUACAUCUCCAUAUUCCUCCACUUCUCCACAUUCCAGGGUCUCGGUGCCUAUAUCACCAGGGCCAAAAAGAGAUGACUAUGUUGAAACCAUUGACAGCCGGGAGGCUGCAAGGCGAUAUGGCAACUUCAAUUCACCAUCUUAUCCUGAAGAGAAAUUCACAAACACCAUUGAUAGCAGGGAGGCUGCAAGGAGGUACAAAGGCACAUUACUGUGAAAGUAAUAUUAAAUACUUGAAUUAUCUUAUUAUGUCAUGGCUUGUAAGUCUAUCAGGGCCUGUUUUCUUCUCUCUCUCUCUAUAUAUAUAUGUGUGUGUGUGUGUGUGUGUAUUAUAUAAAUAAGCUGUCUGUCCUUACGCCUAAGCUGUGUUAAUGACUUGCUUCUGAUAUCAGUUGUAAAAUAAGCUUUCCCAUGAAGCAAUUGCAAUAAAUCUCCUUUCCUUUAA